CCGGAUACAAUUACUGCGCAUGUCCCGUUGUCAGUGGCAACAUAAACAACUGUUUUUUAAUUCUGAACUAUUUUAACAAGUUAACAAAUUUAAUAGGUAACUUAUUUGGAGAGCAGUGAAAAGUAAUAAUGUCAAUGGAAGAUUCACAGCAGUGCGAACAGAUGGCUGCAGCAAAUGAGAAGACAUCAGACUAUUACCGAACAAAAAAUAUACCAAACAGAUUUGAUAAUCCAACAUGGUUUAAGGGAUAUGGAGGUAAACCAGAGCACCCUAUGUACAAGACAACAUCAAAUACUAUUGGUCAAAAAAAUCCAUCUGUCCACACAAUGCCAACACAGUUCUAUUGUCGAUCACAGAAAUUUACAGAACAUUUAGGCACAUGUGGAAUGUACAAGAAUAAUUCGUUCAAUACAGCACUUGACCAAAGUCAAGUUUAACAGCGAAACAGACAUUUAAACAUAGAAAAAAAAUCAUGUACAUAAUUUUAUCUUUCUAUCAUUGUGUGAUAUAAACAUUUGUGACAUCUUGUAACCUUAAAUUUUUUAUCAGAUUCAUGCUGAUGAUAUGUUUAAAGCUUCACUUUAUUUAUAAAGGCAAGUAACAAUAUUUAAGUUUAAAAAAAUACUUUUAAGUUUAAUUUUAUAACAUGAUUUUUUCAUUUAUUUGAUAUUUAUUAAAACUGAUGAAGAUUUUAACUGUGCAAAUUUGAAACAAGUAGAUUAGUACACAUGCACUGAAAAAAUAAAACCUGUAUCACAGGCAUUGUUAAGGACUAAGCACAUACUUGUUGUGAUCUUACAUCUAAAAUACCAGUUUUAACAAAUAAUACAAAUUUUAUGCAUUCAUGCAUCUGUAUUUUCUAAAAACAACCCUGGUGGUAGAAUUGUUCAUAGAUAUGAUACAAUAUAUUAAUCCUGCAAGUGUUGAGUUUAUUGUUAUUCAAACUUUCAGGUAAAUGAUUUACAAUAGAUUAUGCUGUAAAAAUGUAUACAAGCAUGAUGAUAGUGACAUGAAGAAAUUUAAAACCAGUUUGUUAUUUAGAAUAAAUGUUGUUUAUUAUUAUGUGUGCAUGGAAAAAACCUGUUUUAUAUUAAAUAGAAGUGUCUUGAAGGGGUUAUUCUAACUUAUUUGUUGUUGGGGGUUUAUUUUAUUUUGCUGAACCUUUCCCUGUCACUUCACUAUUUUUCAUACUAAAAAUUAUAUUAUUUCUUAUAUACUUUCUUGUGAAAAAAAAUAAUUAUGUUAAAUAAAACAGUCAAAUGUUAAGAAAUAA